UAAAGAAGAAGAAAAAGAGAACAUAACCAUGUAAAUAAUGGUUUAUUGAAUCUUUAAUUAUAUUUAAUAUUGUGAUUGGUAUAAGGUAAAUACAAUAUGUAUUCAUUUUAAUUUGAGAACAAUUUUAUUAGGACAGUAUAAGAAGACAUACUAAACCAAUUCCCACUAUAAGGACCAAAGUCGCUAUGGGUACAUGGACAUUAGAAGUUGCUAAAAUGGCUCUAUAUGUUACAUUUCCUGUGGCACUCUUCCAUUAUUUCAAUCAACCGCAAUAUUUUGAAGAAUGGGUGGUUAACACAAAACGAGAACUGUUUCCACCAGAAACUGAAGCAACAAAAAAAUUUCAAGCAACACUUGAGGAGAUUAAACGCAAACAAAAUCUAAUAUCUGCAGAACAAAUGGAGUCUGUAAAUAAAUAAAGUUUGUGAUGUAACUUUAUUGUCAUCUUUGUUUAAAAUAUUGUUGAUUUUUAGUAUAUUUGCAAUUAAUAAAGUGUUUUAUGGAUAUCUUUUAUUGAUUUUUUGUCUCAUCUUUGACCUUUCUCUAUCUGUUUUAACUUUUACUUGAAACUCAUAUAUAUUAAAAACUUCAAAGUUCUUAGAAUAUGUGAUACUCAAAUGCUUCGAAUAGAAACAAUGUUUAUAAGAAUAUAUUUCAUCUUCAGUCAAAAUUCAUUGUUUUUGGAAUGGAAGAAUUAUGUGACACAGAUAUUUGAAAGCCAUUUGGUGAUUCUUCUUCUUAUCAUCCUAGAAGUUUUUCUGUUCCCAGAUUUAACUUUAUUUUAUGAAGACUACUUGAUUAUCUAAACCUAUAUCAGAUGGUGUGGAUGUCUGUGUAGUGGUUGUGAAUAGUUGGUAGAUAUUAGUUCUCUAUCACCUUUGAGGAGUAAUCCUGUUCCCAUUUUCACUUUAUUAUUCAAAACAUUGUCUUUAAUUUAAUAAUGUAUAUAUUUGUUCUUAGCAUCGUCAAUGUAAAAUCAAAUGAAUCUAAUACCCAUUUGUAACUUAUUGUUA